AUGCACUCACCUCCUAGAGACCAGGCUGCCAUCAUGCUCUGGAAGCUCGUGGAGAAUGUCAAGUACGAAGAUAUCUAUGAGGACCGGCACGAUGGCGUCCCGAGCCACAGCUCACGACUCUCCCAGCUGGGCUCGGUGUCUCAAGGACCCUACUCGAGCGCCCCGCCGCUGUCCCACACCCCGUCGUCAGACUUCCAGCCGCCCUACUUCCCUCCUCCCUACCAGCCGCUCCCCUACCACCAGAGCCAGGACCCCUACUCCCACGUCAACGACCCCUACUCCCUGAACCCACUGCACCAGCCCCAGCAGCACCCCUGGGGACAACGACAGCGGCAAGAAGUGGGUUCGGAAGCCGGCUCUCUCCUGCCCCAGCCUCGGGCCGCCUUGCCCCAGCUCUCGGGCCUUGACCCCCGGAGGGACUACCACUCGGUCCGCCGGCCGGACGUGCUGCUGCAUUCGGCGCACCACGGUCUGGAUGCGGGAAUGGGUGACAGCCUCUCUCUGCAUGGCCUCGGCCAUCCCGGCAUCGAAGACGUCCAGUCAGUUGAAGAUGCCAAUAACAGCGGCAUGAAUCUAUUGGACCAGUCUGUCAUUAAAAAAGUUCCGGUUCCUCCCAAAUCUGUGACUUCUCUAAUGAUGAAUAAAGAUGGCUUCCUGGGAGGCAUGUCAGUAAACACCGGCGAGGUGUUUUGCUCGGUCCCCGGACGUUUAUCUCUGCUCAGUUCAACUUCAAAGUACAAAGUCACUGUGGGAGAAGUGCAGAGACGGCUCUCGCCCCCCGAAUGCCUCAAUGCGUCUCUCCUCGGCGGCGUCCUCAGAAGAGCCAAAUCGAAAAAUGGGGGGAGAUCUUUGCGAGAAAGGCUAGAAAAAAUCGGUUUGAAUUUACCCGCGGGCAGGCGCAAAGCAGCAAAUGUCACGUUACUCACCUCCCUGGUGGAAGGAGAAGCUGUUCACUUAGCUCGGGAUUUUGGGUACAUUUGCGAAACAGAGUUUCCCGCCAAAGCUGUCUCUGAGUAUCUGAACCGGCAGCACACAGACCCCAGUGACUUGCACUCCCGAAAGAAUAUGCUGCUGGCUACCAAGCAACUUUGUAAAGAAUUUACGGAUCUGCUGGCGCAGGACCGGACGCCGAUCGGGAACAGCCGGCCCAGCCCCAUCCUGGAGCCGGGGAUCCAGAGCUGCCUCACGCACUUCAGCCUCAUUACGCACGGCUUCGGCGCCCCGGCCAUUUGCGCCGCGCUCACGGCCCUGCAGAACUAUCUCACCGAGGCGCUCAAAGGCAUGGACAAGAUGUUCUUGAACAACACCACAACUAACAGGCACACGUCUGGGGAAGGCCCAGGUAGUAAAACUGGCGACAAGGAGGAGAAACACAGGAAAUGA